AUGCCCCGCGCGGGAAUGACAGGGCCUAUUGCUACGAGAAUAAUUCGCAAGGCGCGGCCGUGCAGCAAGAGCGCCCUGCAACAUAAGGGAGAGAUUAAACAAGAACCGACCGAAUCUCCUUCUGGACAGGAGAGAGCUAUCUUGAUGCAAUUAGGAACUCAGAACGACGGCAAAGAGCGGCCACGGAGCAGAAUAAGUACGAACAGAGCGUUCCCUCGCGGUUUCUCCUUUGACGCUGACGAAGUAAACUUCCCCACUGAGCGCCUCUGCUUCCUGGGUCUGAUCUCCAUGAUCGACCCGCCGCGGGCCGCCGUUCCAGACGCCGUGGGCAAGUGUCGCUCCGCUGGCAUCAAGGUACACUUACUUCCACCACAUCCAACCCCUGUGACACCUCUGACAACCACACGCCCCAUGGGUUCGGGAUCCAGAUCUGCUGCAUGA